AUGACCUUUCACUGCCUCGCCUACGACCCCAUCCAAUCCCUCCUCGCCGUCGGCACCACCACCUCCCAAUACGGCCCCGCCCAGAUCUACGUCUUUGGCGCCCACCGCGUCCACCGCACCUUCACCCCCUCCUCCCCCUCAUCCCGCAAACCCCCCCUCUUCAACCCCACCGCCUCCUCCUCCUCCACAACAACCACCACCCAACCACCCCCCGCCAUCCGCCACCUCGCCUUCGUCGCCAACCGCCUCGUCAGCCUCGACUCCCACAACGAGCUCGCCAUCUGGGACCUCGCCUCCGGCCGCCAGGCCGCCAAGACCACCUACGGCCGCGUCGCCUGCGUCGCGACCGACCCGGGCCUGGACUGGGCCUUCGUGGCCAUGCAGAAUGCCGCCGACGUGUGGGCGUAUGACCUCGAUCGCGAGCGGCAGGCGACGGGGUUCCGAGUACCGAAUUUGUGGCGGUUAAGGGACGAUCCGAGGGGGGUGGAUUUGAGGAUGGGGGUGGGCAUUGGGGUCGUGAGUUUGCAGUUGCAUCCGAGGGAUAUUGGGAAGUUGUUGAUUGGCUAUACGCAUGGCGCGGUGGUGUAUUCGUUCAAGCAGAAUGCGGCGACCAAGUACUUUGAGUAUGUGGUGCCGGCGGGGGCGCCGGGUGGGGAUGGGCGCGGGGUGGAGAGGGAGCGCCGGCCGAGGGUGGUGCAGGCGGUGUGGCAUCCGACGGGGACUUUUGUGCUGACGGCGCAUGAGGAUGGGAGUUUGGUGUUUUGGGAUCCGAAGGAUGGGAGGGUCGUGGCGGCGAGGUCGGUGUAUGAGACGAGGGUUAAUGAGGUUGGGGGGAAGCGGGCGGCGGCGAAACCGACGCCCCUGGUGCCGUUUGUGAAGAUUGCGUGGUGCUGCAAGCAGAACCCGGAUGAUACGGCGUUGUUGAUCGCGGGUGGGCAGGCGGUGGAUGAGCCGCAGAAGGGGUUGACGUUUUUGGAGCUGGGGCCGACGCCUACGUAUGCGACGUCGUCGUGGGAGGUGCUGACGAACCAUUUCGAGGCGAAGAGGCGGCUGACCCUGCCGAUACCGCCCGGCGCUGCGGUCGCGAACUACUGCCUGAUUCCGCGGUCGUCGCCGUACUUUGAUGGUGCGCAGGACCCGAUCGCCAUCAUGACCAUGCUCACCUCGGGCGAGAUCAUCACCAUGAGCUUCCCGUCCGGGUACCCCAUCAGCCCAACCAACAUGCUGCACCCGAGCAUGUCGUUCGUGCAUCCGUUCGUGCAGAAAAUCGCCGUUAGCACCAUGGCGCGCGAGAGGUGGCUGGGCCUGACCGAGACGCGCAACCGGGGCGACCCGAUCCUGAGGGGCGGCGCCCCAGCUUCGAAUAAUAGGAGGGCGGGCUGGGACUUCCGCAAUAUUAUCCAGGUUGCUCAUGCCGACAGCACGAUCCGGAUCUGGGAUGUUGGUCACGGCGACGAGAUUGAGAACCCUCUACAGUUACAAGUGGAUGUCGCUCGGGCGCUCGACCGGUUCGAGGAUGUUAAUGUCACGGCGCUUUCCAUGUCCGGCGCUACCGGGGAGUUUGCCGCCGGCACGAGGAAGGGAGAAGUUGUCAUCUACAAGUGGGGAGGGAACAGGAACUUUGGCCGGGACGCCACGAAGCCCCUGAACUCGAACCCGGGGGGGUUGACAGACAUCUCGUCGCGUUCGGAGCCCACACUUAAGGACGGCCUGCAGCCGUUUGUCCUUUACGAGAUGAUGCAGGGCCCUAUCAGUGUGAUCACAGUUUCCGAUGUCGGGUUCGUCGCCGUGGGUUCCGAAGGCGGCUUCUUCAGCAUCAUCGACCUGCGCGGGCCGAGUGUCAUUUUCCAGGCGUCUGUCGCGGAUUUUGUCAAGGAGGAGAAGCGGUCGUCGUUUCUCAAGGGCCACUCGUCCAAGGCGGCGCCCGGGACAAAAGAAUACCCGACCGCCAUCGAGUUUGGUGUCUUGACUUUGGAAGGAGACGGUUACUCCAGCAUUGCGUGCUUUGUCGGGACGAGCCUGGGGCAUGUGGCUACCUUCAAGGUCCUCCCGUCGGGGCAGACAUAUUCGGCGCAGUUGGCCGGCGUGUCCAAGGGCAAUGCCGACAAGGUCAUCUCAAUCAGCACAUUGAAUGCGGAUACUGGGCAGCCGGCUAGUGCAACUCUCCUCUCGGUAGGGGGACUGAGGGAGGGCCGGCAGGUAAACGGUGUUUUGGUUGUUGAGCCCGGCACCGACGAACGUGCCAUUCAAUCCUUAAGAUGA